AUGAUCGUCAGGAUCGAAGGGACCGGGGGGCGGGAGGAGGCGUGGGCGAUGCUGGACCUGCAGGGCAAAGUCAUUCGCAGGGACGACCAACCUGUCGACGGUAGCCUGAUCGGCGACCUGACACAGUCACCGGAGGAUCCGAUGUUGGUCGACCUGCGCAUAGCGGGCAUGUACAAGCUGUCUGGCAAGAAGGAGAAGCUGAAGCGGCCAUUUGUUGUGAUGCAAAAGAACACAGAACACGUGGUGAAGGAGGGUGCCACCAGCUACAAGGUUCUGGGCGUCGUGCGCUGGCGCAUCAAGUUCUACUCUGAACCUGACCUGAUCAUCAGACGGAGUGAGACAGGAGAGGAGCUCUAG